UAAUCAGUCCGGCGUCUGAUAAGCUUCUAAUUAAAAGAGCCCUUACCCGUUCAGCAGGCGCUUUCAUCACCACCUGUCUCGGGAGACCCAAGGGAGGGGUUCGAGGACAGCUCCUACCUACAGAGGCCUGCGUGUCCUGUCCGGGAGGGGGCGGGUAGGCACAGACAUCCCUGGGCCAGAGUUUUGGGGCGCGGAGCCAACGCAGCCAGCGCGGGAGCCGCCACGGAAACCACAGCGCUCGCUGCGUGCUGACGAUUGCGGCGCCAGUCUCCCGGAACCGUGCGGUGCCCCUGGUCACUGCCUGCUCAUCGGCUCAGAAAUGGAGAAGGGAUACAGCACGGUCACCUUCGACGGGACGCCCAGCUACGGCCACACGCCCUCGCACCACGCGGCGCAGUUCCCCAAUCACUCCUUCAAGCACGAGGACCCCAUGGGCCAGCAGGGCUCGCUGGGCGAGCAGCAGUACUCCGUGCCGCCUCCGGUCUACGGCUGCCACACGCCCACCGACAGCUGCACCGGCAGCCAGGCCCUGCUGCUUAGGACGCCCUACAGCAGCGACAAUUUAUACCAAAUGACCUCCCAACUUGAAUGCAUGACCUGGAAUCAGAUGAACUUAGGAGCCACCUUAAAGGGAGUUGCUGCUGGGAGCUCCAGCUCAGUGAAAUGGACAGAAGGGCAGAGCAACCAUGGCACAGGGUAUGAGAGUGACAACCACGCCACCCCCAUCCUCUGCGGUGCCCAAUACAGAAUACACACCCAUGGCGUCUUCAGAGGCAUCCAGGAUGUGCGGCGUGUGCCUGGAGUAGCUCCAACUCUCGUCCGGUCGACGUCUGAGACCAGUGAGAAACGCCCCUUCAUGUGUGCUUACCCGGGCUGCAAUAAGAGAUAUUUUAAGCUUUCUCACUUACAGAUGCACAGCCGGAAGCACACUGGUGAGAAGCCAUACCAGUGUGACUUCAAGGACUGUGAGCGAAGGUUUUCUCGUUCAGACCAGCUCAAAAGACAUCAAAGGAGACACACAGGUGUGAAACCAUUCCAGUGUAAAACUUGUCAGCGAAAGUUCUCCCGCUCUGACCACCUGAAGACCCACACCAGGACUCAUACAGGUAAAACAAGUGAAAAGCCCUUCAGCUGCCGGUGGCCCAGUUGUCAGAAAAAGUUUGCCCGCUCAGAUGAAUUAGUCCGCCAUCACAACAUGCACCAGAGGAACAUGACCAAGCUGCAGCUGGCGCUCUGAGGGCCCCAGCCCGGGCACAGGUGGCGCCCAGGCAGGACACACCGUGCGGACUGCGUCCAGACUCCUCCUCGCCUCACCGCUCCGUGAAGGAAGUGGCAGUCGGUCUCCUUCGUCCAGCUUCCAAGACGAGAUACCUGCACGACUGGAUCCUACCAGGUUUGCCGGAGGAGCUGGUCUCUGCUCUGCCAACUUUUAGUUGACUCACAGGCCCUGGAGAGGCAGCUAACAGUGUCUGGUAGUUAAAAGUCCGUCGCCAUGUGGUCUGGAUUUUCCACUAUAAGAAGAGCCACUGUUGAUCACGUCACCCCCACGCUCCCCUUCCCCUUUUACUCCGGUGUUCCCUAGGAAUGGAGUUAUUGUACCAUUUUCCAUCGUGGAAUAUUUAUAGGCCCGGGCAUGCGUCUGUGUCUGCUAAUGUAAACUUUGUCAUGGUUUCCAUUUACUAACAGCAACAGCAAGAAAUAAAUCAGAGAGCGAGGCAUCGGGGGUGAGUCUCAGCCCAACAUUCUGGAGGUCAGGCAGGCGGCUAACCUGGAAGGCAGGAUGUAGUUCUACCAGGCAACUUUGAAAACUCUCUUGUUCCAAACAGUUGAAAAGAGACUCAGAACUAACCAGUACCUCUGUACAGAAAUCUAGAAGGAUCUUCCCGUUCAGUGACUUCAUUGUUAACAUUAGCACAGUGCUCUUACGAAACCUAUGUUUGAAGGUGUGAGAUUUUGGUUUUGUGUUUUUGACUUAAUUCUUGAGUUGUAAUCAGAUGCAUCGUUGGAGAUGUUAACCUGUCUGCUCACACACAGGAAGUAGAGUUCAUUUGCAUUAUCCAGAAUGUCCUUCAGGUGUGCCAAGCACGCUGAUUAUGUGGUUUCAAGUUGUAAAAAUUCAAGUUCAGAGUCUCUGCUGAUAAGACUGUUAAGUAACUUAAAUCACCUUGGAUCUAUAAGAAUAUGUGAAAAAAGAGGAGACUGAUGAGUGUGAGGAAAUCUGUUGUUUUAAGGUGGUGUGUGUGUGUGUGUGUGUGUGUGUUUAAGGGAGGGAGUUUAUUAUUUACUGUUGCUUGAAAUUAUUGUGUAAAUGUGUAUAUCUGAUAAUGAUUUGCUCUUUGACAACUAAAAUUAGGAAAUGUAUAAUUCCUAGAUGCAUCACUGUUUGGGUGUUGAUCUUACAAUAUAUUGAUGAUAAUACUAAAAAUGUAACCUGCAUUUUCACUUUGCUCUCAAUUAAAGUCUGUUCAAAAGGAAA